UGCUCCAUCAUCAAGAAGAAAAUUAUUGAAAAUUGAGAUGCGAAUUCAGCCCAUUACUAUGUAGCUCUAAUUCAGGAACUUCCUUCCUGCUAGGCUCUGUUCGCUUCAUCCUGUAACAAAACAGUUUUAUCCUCUUGUUGGCCUUGCAGUUGGCAUCUUCCUCAAAGGGACAGUCGAUAAGGCAGCACCGAACCAAAAGGAUAACGAACGAGAGAGAGAGAGAGAGAGAGAGAGAGAAUGGCUUGUGUGUCGAUGGGAAUAUGGAUGUGUACACGAACUUGCAGUCCAACGGCGUCGCUUACUCUGCUCACUGGUUCAAGCAGAAGAUCCAACUAUGGUGCCUUUCUGAGAAUGGCCGCCAGUGGGUCGCAUCGUUCUGGGCGGCUUCAUUGCUCUUUUGUCCCCGCCGCUUCACUCUCUCUUUCUUCUGUUUCUUCCUUUUCAGGUAAGUCAUUGGGGUUGGACUUGAGCUCUGAAGCUGGGGUGAGAAGAGAGAAAGGUCGUGGACUAAUAGUGAGGGCUGGGAAGGCUGCUCUUUGCCAAACCAAAAGGAAUAGGUCCAGGAAGUCUUUGGCCCGGACUCAUGGCUUCCGCAAACGAAUGAGUACAACCAGCGGAAGAGCAGUGUUGAAACGUAGACGUGCAAAGGGAAGAUGGGUCCUGUGUACAAAGUCCAACCAUAAUAGUGGAAAGCGUCCUUAAUAAAGACUUCCUGGUUAAUUAAGGUAAAUGCAAUGAGGCCCGCUGGCUGAUUAAGUGGACACUUGUUAGAGGAGAAGCUGUUAGUCAUUACUUCCGUAUGUUACCGUUUGAAAAUUUUUCAUUGAUUGAGAAUCUGGAAUUCAUUCUUCCCUUCUCAAUCAUUUUCUAUUGCCUUCAUUUAAUGUGUGUAUUUUGGUGAUUCUUCUUUUGGUUUAAUUAUUAAACCUGUUAAAAUUAGCUUUUCA